AUGUUGCAACAUCAUCAGCAGCAAGCACAGGUGCCACAAUCCGGCGGCUAUUACGACUACAAUCAGUCGCCUAGUCCUGGCAGUCUGACCAAUGCGGAUGCCCUGAACACCACCCCAUUUUCAGUCAAGGAUAUAUUGAAUAUGGUCAAUCAAACGGAGGCAUACGAAGGCGCCUAUGGGCAUCUUGACAGUGCCGCGGCAGCUUCGGCGUUCUAUGGCGCCGGCGAGUACCAGCAGCAUCUUCACCAGCAUCCGCAUCAGUACCAGCAACAGCAACAGGAUUUGCCAGCGGCGUCGCAGCAGCAACUGCACCAUCAUCUGGUCGAGCAUCAGGAGGAUGCCACCACAUCGUCGUCGCUGUCGCCACUAUUGCCGCCCCCGCCGCACGGCCACCAUCAGUUGUACGGCAGCUAUCAGGACUAUGGCAUGCCCGCCCACAUGUUCCAGCAUCACCAUGGACAUCCGCACCAGAGUUUCCAGCCAGCCGCCUCGGCCUACAACAUGUCCGCCACGCAGUUCUACGCCGGGGCCACGGCCCCGUCCUAUCAAAGUCCCGCCACAUACAACUACAACUAUGCCGGAGCCGGGGAUGCCUAUCCGCAGCACUCCCCGGCCGUCACCAUCAAGAGCGAGUACAUACCCACGCCGUAUGUCACGCCCUCCCCCACCCUGGACCUCAACAGCUCCGCCGAGGUGGAGAGCCUUGCGCCGGCGCAGAAACUAUGCGGCAAUCCGCUCUCGCAGAGACUCCUGGAGACGGUCAGCAAUUCGGCCUCACUGCGGAGCAUUCACAGCACGGACGAGGGCGCUAAAAGAAAGGACAACAGCCAGGUGACCUCUUCGCGUUCCGAGCUGCGCAAGAGCAGUGCCAGUGGCAGCAAUCACAGCAGCAGCAUCAACAGCAAUGGAUCCAGCAAGCCCCGAAUGAAACGCAAGCCUCGGGUGCUCUUCUCUCAGGCCCAGGUCUUGGAGUUGGAGUGUCGUUUUCGGCUGAAGAAGUAUCUGACGGGAUCAGAGCGUGAGAUAAUCGCCCAGAAGCUAAAUCUGUCGGCCACGCAGGUGAAGAUCUGGUUCCAGAAUCGUCGCUACAAGUCGAAGCGGGGCGACAUCGAUUGUGAGGGCAUUGCCAAGCAUCUCAAGCUCAAGGCGGAACCACUGCACUCUCCCACAUCGCUUCCCCCUCCCAUGCCCAAUCAUAUGAUGUGGCCACCCACAGUCCAGCACUCCCAGCAGCAACAUCACCAACAGCAGCAGCUGCCACACCUCCAAUAGCUGAGGGGCAGGAAGAUGGG